AUGCCAGAGUCCUCUACGCCGACUUUGGAGGGUGUAGAUGUAGAGCCCAGCAUGUUGGAUAAAAUCGAGCAAGAUAAUGCGGGAGGACGAAUUGCGCACUCUCUGUCGACUCUGAAAGUCGCUGAAGAUGAUGUUCCAUUGUGGGUGAAGGACAUCGUCGAUGCCCAGAAUGACACAGACUCGGAUACCGGAGAAUCCGAAGACGAGGACCCCGGAGACGGGACGUCCUCCUCCGCAGGAUCUUUGUCCUCGGAAUCCUCUUCGAAGAAUCCAAAGCUCGUACAAGCCCUCAUUGAUUACCCUUUCGCCUCGAUAGCCGACUUGCGAAGGCUAUACACCGAUCGCGUACGCCUAGGCACCAAUGAGGAACUUUGGGAUGCCAUGGAGGCCGUGACUCUUUUGUUCGGGUGUCCGAACGAAUUUGUGAGCGAAGCCGAGGCAGCUCUUGUCUUCCCCGAGAUAUUUGACUCGGGUUUCAUCGAUUUCCUUGAGCUCAUCAUAUUGGAUGGCGAUCUCUUCGAAGACUGUACGGAAUGGACGGUGUCUGUGCUCGCUUGCCUGGAGCAACUGAGCGAUCUGGGUUGCGGUAAGCAGCACUGGACUGGCACAGAGUGGAGAGAUAACGAUCCCGGCGAUCCCGAUGACGAGGACUUUCCCUGGGUUCCCCUACAUCGAGAUGCCUUCAGGCAACGCCUAGCCGAACUCUUCGCCCACUUUGCUGAAGAUGCAUGGGCCCACAGACACCUAUUUGACGUUGGAUGUCCAAACGACCUGUAUAACAUAGAGGACUGGGCACCUCCGAGUUCAGAUGUACGCGAAAAGCUGCGCGGUAUUCUGUUGAUGAGCCCAUACCUGAGGAUGUCGCCCUUCAAGCAGAACGAGGGUGUACUCCGAGUAUUCCGACAACUUUGUCUUCUGUUGUGGAUGGCUCCUGAUGAUGAUUUCGACAAAGCAAAUACACUAUUUGCUGUCAUGAUCGGUACUUUCGACAGCGGGACGUUCCUCGGUAUGGCCAACUCACCUUUUACCGAAUUUGUGGCACAUGAUGUGUUGGCCGUACACGGAGCGGAGCCGGUCCUUGAGCAGAUCUGUCAAUCUCUCAAUAGACAGGAAGCUCUCGGUCUAGGCUUGAAUCAUACAGUAUUUGCCGGUGCCACCAGUAUCUUGUUGUGCCCCGGCUUUUGGCCUCAUUUCUCGCGGAUGAAGGUCCUUCCAGCAGUGGAAUGCGCGAUGGAUUAUAUCUUGCAGGAGUACCCGCGUUCGGGAGCGGAGUUUGACCUACUCAUUCAUUGGGCGAAGCUCGCACAUCUCCUCGCACAAGAUGCCACGUUCGCGAAUGGCGCGGCAGUCCUGAUACGUGACACGCGUUUGGCCGCUCGUCUCGGACAUUUCGCUAUUGUAUCACUCGACGCCCGGGUCGACGCAGAUAUCGUGCCGUACGAGGAUACUGUGGGAGGCUGGAUCAAGAUCGCUACGGCUUUGAACCUUCGCAGAGGCAAGAAUGAGAUGCGCAAGAAGUUCAAACAGUCUUUGCGACGCGAGUGGUACCCGACAUUGAAUCGACUGCGUUUCGCGCCCUGUGCCGACGAGGUUCGCCGAAAGAAGAUCAUCCUCAUAUGGGAGACCCUCGGGUUGACGAUGCAGUUGGAGGAGAGUAAGGAGAAGGCGGAUUAUGAGCGCGAGAUCAAGCGGACCGCACAGUUCUGCGCCUGGAAGGAUUGUAGGUUCCAUACGGUCAAACCUGAUAUGCCUACACGGGCGUGUGCCGGGUGUGAUGAGGUCCGCUACUGCGGCAAACCAUGUCAACAGAAGGACUGGAAGGAAGGGGGUCACAAGCUGCAAUGCAGAAGGAUAAAAGCCAAGUGA